GCGCAGAACACUGACGUGUAAAGGAAUCCCCUCAGUAAGCGGCUGCGCACUCUGCUCUCUGAACUGCACUGUGGACAUUAGGAACCGGUGCGUUGUUGGAGUUUGACGUGGCACUACAUUGAAUAGCACAGGGUUCAUAGAAAGCCACCCAGCACAGCAAAACACACACAGAUUUGCCAAAGUCUGCCUUUUGUAAUGAGAAAAGUCUAAAAUGAGUCAACAAGGUUAUGUCGCAACUCCACCUUACUCUCAGACUCAACCUCUCUAUGGCCACUAUGGUGGAUCACCACAGACAUUCGCUCCAUCACAGCAAGGAGUGCUGAAAACAGCUUCCUCUGUUGGGCCUCCAGUGUCUGGCAUGCCUCCACCUCCUGGCCCAAACCAGUUUAGCCUGGGUAAUCAAUAUAAUGGGUUUAGUGCAGGAGGAACUCAACCACAAAGAUUCCUUCCUACUAUAGCAGUUGGUGGCCAGCCUCCACUUUCACCAUAUGGGCAGCCUCUACCGACAACCUAUCAAAAUUCAGCCCCUCCCUUAUCCACACAGCAGCUGACAAAUCAGAUGGGAGCCAUGCAAUUAAGUGGAUAUGGACCUGGUGCAGUGCAGGGUUCUCAACUACCUCCCAGCUUAGCAGCACAGCCAGCAUUCCCACCUCUCACAUCACAAUCAAUGGCACAUCCUCCUAUGCCUCCAGGAUCUCAUGCCCCACAAAUGACCCUGUCCUCCCCAACAAUCGGCCCACCUACCAUGGGUACAAUGCCUCCGGGUCCUCCUGUUGGGGUGCAGGGUGGUUUUCCUGGACCCAAUCCAGUAAAUAUUGGUUUUCAGCAGCCUCCAGGACAAGUUCCUCCUCAUGGAUUCCCCCAACAGCCAGGUUCAUUCGGAGGGCAGAUGACAGGACCUCAGCCAGGUUUUCCUGGAGCUUUUCCAGGGGGCACAGCACAAAUGGCUGGUCCUCAUCAGAAAAAACUGGAUCCUGACUCUAUUCCCAGCACAACCCAAGUCAUUGAGGAUGAUAAAGUACGAAGAGGAGGACAGACCUACACCACAAACACCAGGGGGCAAGUUCCCCCCCUUGUCACCACAGAUUGUUUGGUUCAAGAUCAAGGAAAUGCAAGUCCUCGUUUCAUUCGAUGCACAACAUACUCUUUCCCUUGCACAGCUGAUCUUGCGAAACAGUGUCAAGUUCCUCUGGCAGCAGUCAUAAAGCCCUUAGCAACAGUUCCACAAAACGAGACUCCUCUGUACCUUGUAAACCAUGGAGAGACCGGGCCCAUAAGAUGUAAUCGCUGCAAGGCUUACAUGUGUCCGCUAAUGCAGUUUAUUGAUGGUGGUCGCAGAUACCAGUGUUCUUUCUGCAGCUGUGUCAAUGAAGUACCACCAUUCUAUUUUCAACAUCUGGACCAUGUUGGCAGGAGAUUGGACUACUAUGAGAGGCCAGAGCUAUCGCUGGGAUCUUACGAAUUUAUUGCUACUUUGGAUUACUGCAAGAACAACAGGCCUGCAAACCCUCCUGCUUUUAUCUUCAUGAUCGAUGUGUCGUACAGCAACAUUAAAAGUGGCCUGGUCAAAUUGAUAUGUGAGGAACUGAAAACAUUGCUGGAUAAGCUUCCGAGGGAGGAGCAAGCAGAGAAGUCUGUAAUUAAAGUUGGAUUUGUUACCUACAACAAAAUUCUCCACUUCUACAAUGUAAAGAGCAACCUGGCCCAGCCCCAGAUGUUGGUGGUUUCAGACGUGUCUGAGAUGUUUGUGCCUCUGCUUGAUGGCUUUCUUGUGGACUUUCAAGAAUCACAAUCGGUUAUCAACAACCUGUUGGACCAGAUUCCAGAGAUGUUUGCUGACACCAAUGAGAGCGAGACUGUUUUUGCCCCGGUUAUCCAGGCUGGCAUGGAAGCACUGAAGGCUGCAGAGUGCAGUGGCAAACUCUUCAUCUUCCAGUCAUCCAUUCCCACAGCUGAAGCACCUGGGAAACUGAAGAAUAGGGAUGACAGAAAGCUGGUGAACACAGAGAAAGAGAAGACCCUGUUCCAACCCCAGAAGGGUGUUUAUGAGAGUCUGACCAAGGAGUGUGUGGCAAACAGCUGCUGUGUGGACCUGUUCCUUUUCCCUAACCAGUUUGUGGAUGUGGCCACACUGGGUGACAUCCCAAUGCAUACAGGAGGAGCCCUUUACAAAUACAGCAACUUCCAGAUUCAGUCUGAUGGGGACCAUUUUUUGAGUGACCUAAGAAAAGAUGUUGAGAAAAAGAUAGGAUUUGAUGCAAUCAUGCGGAUCCGGACAAGCACAGGAUUCAGAGCAACUGACUUUUUUGGUGCCAUAUAUAUGAACAACACCACAGACGUUGAGAUGGCAGCAGUGGACUGUGAUAAAGCAGUAACUGUGGAGUUCAAACAUGAUGACAAGCUGAACGAGGAUACUGGAGCCUUAAUGCAGUGUGCUUUGCUGUACACAACUGUUGGUGGCCAAAGACGACUGCGUAUCCACAACCUGGGUCUGAACUGCAGCUCCCAGCUUGCUGACCUAUAUAAGAGCUGUGAGACAGAUGCUCUUAUCAAUUUCUUUGCCAAAACAGCCUACAGAGCCAUGUUGAACCAGCCUCUGAAGACAGUGAGAGAGAUCCUGGUUAAUCAGACUGCACACAUGCUAGCGUGUUAUAGGAAGCACUGUGCCAGCCCCUCCUCAGCCAGCCAGCUGAUUCUUCCAGAUGCUAUGAAAAUCUUUCCAGUCUACAUGAACUGCCUGAUGAAGAGCUAUCCUCUGGUCGGUAAUCCAGACAUUUCUAUAGAUGAAAGAGCUUAUCAGAGGCAGUUGGUGAUAUCCAUGGAUGUUGCUGAUUCCCAGGCUUUCUUCUACCCAAGACUUAUACCUGUUCACAACAUUGAUGUGAACAGCGAUGUAAUGCCCUCUGCUGUCCGAUGUUCAGAAGAGCGCCUGUCUGAGGGAGGAAUCUUCCUACUCGAGAAUGGCAAGCAUAUGUUCCUGUGGCUGGGGCUGGCCUCCCCUCCAGAGGCCAUUCAAAGCAUCUUCAAUGUACCUUCAUUUGCACAUAUCAACACAGAGGCAACAACACUUCUAGAGCUGGACAACCCCUACUCGAAAAAGCUCAGGUCAAUUAUUGACAACAUACGCCGCCAGAGGCCUCAUUCAAUGAAGCUGAUGAUUGUAAAGCAAAAAGACAAACCAGAGAUGAUUUUCAGACAGUUCCUGGUAGAAGACAAAGGCUUGUAUGGAGGAGCUUCCUACAUGGAUUUUCUGUGCUAUGUUCACAAAGAGAUCAGACAACUACUCACUUAAAGAUACUGCCUCAAUACAUUUCACUCAUCUCAGUCUGAAAACUUGUAUUGGAUUCUGCAAAAAAAAAAAAAACCAAGGCCAGUCUUUUAUCCUGCAAAGCAGAUUCUUCUUUUAAAGGAAUUCAUGAGUUAUUGGAAAGUUAAACAAAAUAACAUUUUAGAUUAUUAUUUUUUUGGUCUUGUCAACAUCAACAAGUGCUCAUAAAAUUCAUACGUAUAAAGCAGAUUGCAAACAGGUUUCCAAAUCUAUCUCAAUCUGUACCUUAAUUAGUUUAAUUAAACAAGUGCUUUAUUACCAAUGGUGUGUGUGUAUUUACUAACAAGAAUGUAUAUGAAUUUAAAACAUAUUUUCAGUCCUUUUGUUAAACAUGUCAUUCAAAAGUUCUUGUUACAAAUUUUACUAUCAGACUAGUCAGAAACUAAAAUAAGUGAAAUGAUCUUCAAGGGCCAUCAGUUGGGGGAAAAAAAAUUAUAACCAGAGUGUUCAUUCCAGCAAAGUAAAUGUAUUUUAAAAUGUGCCAGUUGGGUUUUAUUAUUUAUUCAAAGUCCUAACAAUUCCCAACUUUCAUAAGUUUUGUUCAUAUUCCAUUUUUGACAAACAUAUUUUUUUUGUUUUAUUUGGUAUUGUUUAAAAUGUGUAUUAGGUCUGGCUGUGUAGUAUUUCUUCUGUGUUGUUAUUACCAUUAUGUAACACUUGUCAUUGUGUGUUUUGUAUUCUAAUCUGUCAUAUAUGUGCAGAUCAAACCUUAAGUAACUACAUAGUAGAGCUGGGUGAGUUUGAUAUGUUCGCCAAAGUACUGCCUCUUUGUUUUCCUAAUGGAUGCCUUAUUAAAAAAUAAAUAAAUAAACAAAUCUAAAUAUUUGAGACAACAGUAAAAGUAACAAUGAAGCUACACCUUUCCCUUUUGAAUACAGUUACCUCAUAUUAGUAUGUCACUUAUAUGAUAAUUCACAUGUGCAUUUCAAAUAAGUAUUCUGUGGACUUUGUGUCCUACAGCUUACAGCUUAUAAGCGUUUUUGGACAUUUUUUUUAAUACAGAGAAGUACAUGUCUGUAAAAGAAAUCAAGUAAACAUCAAUUUUAUCUUGCAUGUUUAAUGCUUUUGAUGGAGCCACCUUAAUACAGCCAUAGUCCAGCAAUCUGGCUCAGAUUUGUAUUUUUAUUAAACUGAAAUUAAUGUAAAUGGAAUAUUAUGGAUAUAUGUGCAUCUCAGGUACCACUUGUGUAUGGCCUAGCAUUAUACAUUUGGAGUGUAAACGCACAGUAAACUCAUCCUGUGUAGUUAGGUGCAUCAUUAUCUGAUACAGGAUGUUGAUAUUUAAAACAAAACAAAAAUACAAAAUCACUGUCUUUUGUCAUCGGGUCAGUUGAUGAAGACUGUUUCCUGUUUAUUUUUUUAAUCAAUGUAAAAAUGUAAAGGGUUGGUAGUAGGUAGAAAAGGAGAAAAGAAAAAAAAAGAUAUAUAUCCAUUGCAUAACUGCCUGUAAAAAUAAAACAUUUUACAACAUUUAAAUGUAAGUGACCUUUAUAACUUUCUUGCUUCAAUGACAUUCCAGUGUAUCAAUAAACAUUUGUAGAACUGUU